CAUUUCACAAUCAAAUAUUUUCUUUAAUCUAACAGGUUUAUCUAUAAUAACCAAUCAUGGUCAUAAUUUACCCUUUAAGAUACAAUAGUGUCUUUUCUAUGAUAUUAUUAUUGUGGAUUCUCGUAUCUGGUGUUUUUGUUUGGGGAAGACCAGCCACUUUUGAGCAAGACUUUCAUGUCACAUGGUCUGAGUCCCAUAUCAAACAAAUUGACCAAGGCAGGACAAUCCAACUUAUCCUAGACCAAGGCUCUGGUUGCGGGUUUGCUUCCAAGGUGAAGUACUUGUUUGGACGUGUUAGCAUGAAGAUCAAACUUGUCCCUGGAGAUUCUGCUGGCACUGUAACUGCAUUUUAUAUGAACUCUGAUACUGACUCAGUUCGUGAUGAGUUGGAUUUUGAGUUCUUGGGAAACCGUACUGGACAACCUUACACAGUUCAAACAAACAUCUAUGCUCAUGGAAAAGGUGAUAGAGAACAGAGGGUCAACCUCUGGUUUGAUCCUGCUGCUGAUUUCCAUACGUACUCAAUCUUGUGGAACCAUCACCGUAUUGUGUUUUACAUUGAUGAAGUUCCAAUAAGAGUGUACAAGAACAAUGAAGCAAAGGGGAUACCAUACCCAAAGAUGCAAGCAAUGGGGGUAUUUUCAACAUUAUGGGAAGCUGAUAAUUGGGCAACAAGAGGUGGAUUAGAGAAAAUAGAUUGGAGUAAAGCACCUUUCAGUGCAUACUAUAAGGAUUUUGACAUUGAAGGAUGCGCGAUUCCAGGACCAGCUACAUGUGCAACUAACCCAAGAAACUGGUGGGAAGGGGCUGCAUAUCAAGCACUAAAUGCAAUUGAAGCAAGAAGGUAUAGGUGGGUUCGUAUGAAUCAUAUCAUCUAUGAUUAUUGUCAAGAUAAAUCAAGAUAUCCAAUCACCCCACAUGAGUGUUUUACAGGCAUUUAAAAACCCAACUAUAACUUUGUGAGCAUUGUUUGUGGUAUAAGAAAGUUUGUGUGCAUUAUUGUGAUCAACUCAUGAAUAAAUGUGUACUUAAUUGUUGUUAUAUAGUAAGUAAGUGUCAAUUUAUGUGGAAAAAAGUUUUCCUCUGUUUCUGGCUAGACAAAAAUGAAACUGAUUUGAUUAAUAAGGUUGCCUCUGUUUCAGGGUGGUUUUGACA